AAGGAUGGCCGAAAGUCGAGGAAGUUAAGGACAGAAAAGGCGCUGUUACUUAGGACAACGUGGAAGCCACUGGAAAUCUUGCAAAGUUGUUUCAGUGCCGUGAAGAUGGAGGCCGGCUGUACCAGCUGAAGGGGACAGGGUCUCACGGAUGGCCCCGUUACCAGGGGCGGAGCUGGUCCAGACUCCGCGGCAACUCUACCGGUACUUGCUGCGCUGUUGCCAUCAGCUGCCAACCAGAGGCACCCAGGAGCAUUACAAACAUGCUGUCAGGCAGAGUUUCCAGGUUCACUCAGAUGAAGACAGCCCCGAGAGAAUCCAGCAGAUUAUCAAAAGAGCUAUUGAAGAUGCUGACUGGAUCAUGAACAAAUAUAAAAAACAAAACUGAGAAUCCAGGGCCCAAAAAGCUCAUCUGUCCUAAAGACAUUUAAAGCCGAGACACUGCCCUUCUGGAACUCAGCAGCAGCAGCACGGCGGGAUAGUCACUGGCCUUGCUGACCGAGAGAGCGAGAGUCGGGGGAGACAGAAGCUGACCUCUGC